AUGACACCUGAUAAGGAACUAAUAUUCGCACUUGUGAGCUGCAAAAAUGUAAAGUUUUUAUGUUGUGUGGUGUACCUACCACCAAAUUAUUGCGACGAUCAGUAUAUUGAUGUUCUGACCUGCAUAGAAAAUGCUUUGUGUACUUAUUCAAAUUUGAAUGUAUUAGUAUUAGGUGAUUUUAAUCUUAAUUCUUGCAGCACUAAUGUUAAAACUCAAUUUAAUAUUUUUUGUGACUUCUGUAAUCUACAGCAACAUAAUACGGUACUUAAUACUCGCAGUGGCUUGUUAGAUCUCGUGUUGAGUGACUAUGACCGUAACCAACUGAAGGUGUUUCCUGGAUUGGAUCCACUCGUGCCAAUAGAUGAGUAUCACCCUUCGUUGGACAUCAAAAUCAAUCUCUCAUAUGGGGAGUUCUUGCCUGGGCUGCGGUCUUCGCCUGAUGAGAGUUCGCAUGCGAUCCCCGAUUGGAAUUGGCGUAAGGCAGACUUUCAAGCUCUAUAUACUGCGUUAGCUAAAUUAGAUUGGUCCGAGUUAAUGACUUUUACAGACGUAAAUUCGGCCGUAAAUUUUUUUUACAACAAAUUGAAGGAAAUUAUUAAUUUAUAUGUACCAAAUAAAAAGCUUUCUCCAAAUCAUCGUCAGUAUGUCUAUCCGAAGUGGUUCACGCCUGAGAUCAUAGAAAAUAUUAAAAAAAAAUAUUUUCAUCUUAAGAGAUUUAAGCAAGAAGGCAAAUUAUUUAAUAAAGAACUGUUUAGCUUUUAUCGAUGGAGGGUUAAAACCUUAAUUGACAACGCAUAUGAGCAGCACCUUAAGUUGAUACAGAAAAGCAUAAUUGACGAUCCGGUAUUUUUUUGGAAAUAUGUUAGUGAUAAAAAGAAAGAAAGACGACAUACUGAAACGUUUAGUUAUAAAGGUGCAGAAGUAACAGGUCAAGAUGCGGCUAAUGCCUUUGCUGAAUAUUUUGGCUCAGUAUUCCAUAAUGAAAAGCCCCUAUUAAAUUAUGUAGAUGCCGAAAAUGCGGCUAACUCACAAAAUAACGUGAUGCCCAUCUCAGUCAGGCAAGUAGACGAAACUGAUUUUAGAUUGGCAAUAAGACGCCUAAAACCACGAUCUGCUGGUGGCCCUGAUCGCAUUCCCGCUUUUCUGGUCAAGGAUUGUGCGCCAGCUCUUCGUUCACCGCUCUUGUUUAUUUUUAAUCUGUCUCUUAGACAGGCUACAUAUCCAGAACAAUGGAAACUAUCUAGGGUGACACCUGUUCCAAAGGGAGAACCUGGAAAAGAUGUUUCUGCUUUUAGACCUAUUGCGGUGCUUUCGGUUCUGGCGAAGAUAUUUGAAACCAUGUUGGACUUUCGCAUUAGGAAUCAGGUAGAUAACAUUUUGCAUGAAAGUCAACAUGGGUUUCGAAAGAAUCGUGCAACGACUACUAACUUGAUAGCGCACGUAGACUAUGUCUGUGCUGAGAUGGAUUCUAGGAGACAGGUAGACGCCGCCUAUUUCGAUUUUAGGAAGGCUUUUGACCUGGUGAGUAAUGACAUACUGUUACAUAAGCUAGCUAAGUUGGGCUUUACUCCGAAACUUCUUCAACUCUUUGCUAGCUAUUUGGAUAAUCGUCGUCAAUUUGUUAGAGUGAGUGGUUUCGAAUCCGCUGAUUAUUUCACUAGAUCUGGGAACAGCGAAAUAAUGGAAGUGAUACUAUUGGAUUAUCAGAUGAUUUACCACGGCUGCCCAAUUAACGACUUCCUAUUUUUCAUAUUUAGUAGCACAGAUCAAAAAUUUAGGAGAGAACACUUGGAGCACUUGAAGUGCGUGUACUAUGAAUCUUUAAGAAACUUUCUAGAAUAUUUUAACAUGGACGUGGAAUUAAUUUUCCCUCGUAAACUAUUGGAACAGAUUUAUAAAGAUCGACUUGAGUUUGGACUACUGACAGGUUUAUAUUUGUCUUACUUUAUGUUUGUUCCCGAGGAUGAUCUACCUGAUUUUGAAAAUAACAAGUUGGCAGAUGUGGUCAUCAAUUUUGACGAUAAAUAUAAAAAGUGGGUGCGCGAUUUGAUCGAUGAUUUCAUACAAUGGGGAUAUUUGUAA